AUGCGCGAUUCGGCUGGAGUGGACGCUGCACAGAUCGAUAUCAAACAGGAGCGCGUACAUCUCUCCAACUCCUCCCGGCGCGUCAUCCAUUCAGUGUGUGAGAUGGCAGGACCCAGCGCCAGCAGGUGUAGUUUUUCCGUGAGGAGCAUCUUGGACUUGCCGGACUCGGAGUCGGUCCCUCGGUCGUCGCCGGUCUACUCGUCGUGCUCUGCCUCGUCUCCGCUCGCGUCCUGGGGCGUGGACUCUGACAGAAGCCCCUGCAUGUCUCCAGAUGACGGCAGCUUCGAGGCCUGUCCAGACUCCACCAAACCCGACGACUCUUCCUCCUCCUCCCAGGACGAGGGGUGCUCUGAACCGGACAAAUCCCACAAGAAACCCAAAAAGCGACGCGUGCUCUUCUCCAAAGCGCAGACCCUGGAGCUGGAGCGCCGCUUCCGCCAACAGCGCUACCUCUCCGGGCCCGAGCGUGAGCAACUGGCACGUCUGCUCAGCCUCACUCCCACCCAGGUGAAGAUCUGGUUCCAGAAUCACCGCUACAAGAUGAAGCGAGGCCGGUCUGUGGAUGGGGCGAUGGAAAUGGAGCUACACCAGCAGCAGCAGCAGCAGCAUCAGCAUCAGCAGCACCCGUCGCUGUUGCGCAGAGUCGUGGUUCCCAUUCUGGUGCGCGACGGGAAGCCGUUUCAUCUUGUAGACACGGACAAACCCAGCUUCUUACCCCAGAGCCAGGCCUUCCCCUUGGGCUACCCCUCGCUCCAGCACCCGUCCCCCGUGGGACUACACCAUCCGCGGUAUCAGCACUUCUCCGUGAGUCCCGCGUCCCGAUACUCGUUCGCGUUCAGAGACUUUUGGAGCAGUCAGAUGUGA